AGAAAAGACUGUUAGUAUGACGGUUUGGAGAUCAGAUUCUUAAAAUUUUCAGAUUUUUUUUUUAUUCUUAUAUCUAGAAAAUAUGGUUAAGUUGCUGCAUUGAUUUCGAAUUUCGCAUGGUAUUUGUAACAUAUACUGAUAAAGUAUUUCUCUUUUCUUUUAAGGACUUCACUGACGUAAUAACGGAAAUAUCUGGAUAUAAAUUAUAUUUAACUUUUAGGCAGGCGAUAAAAAUGCACAAAAAUUGUUUUUGAAAAGCGAAACAGCUGCUCAUAUCAUAAUUUUAAUAUUUUCCAAUUUACUUCAGUACUUUUAAUAUCGCAUAAUUAUUGCAAUACUCGGAACUUAUUGUGCAAUCAUACUUGAAGAGUAUGUUAAUUAUUAUUGGUCAUCUUAAAGUUACACGUUAAUUUCCUUAUGUGUUCUGAGCUUAACGUAGCAGACGCCUCUUAUCACAACUAGUCAAAUGUUGUACGGUACAUGGUGCAGCACUGAAUUUACGGAUGUAUUUCAUAAACGAAAUGUUAUUGAUCAUUGACUUUACAAGUAGGGAGGGUUUGUGAUGAAGGCUAGUGUUAGAGCAUUCUUAUGGCUGGGUAUUUUUCAAAAUAUAAUUCCAUAUGUCAGAAAGACCAUAAGGAACGUAAUGAAUUGGAAAUUUCCCUUACGAACUGCAAGUACCGGGGUGAAGGUAAUGCUGCAGUUGCAAUUGCAUUACUCAAGGAAAAAAAGGUGUUAAGGCUUUUGAAGAGUGAGAAAAAUGAGAAGGAAAGCAUGAAGAGGGAAGUGUCAGAUAAGUUACGGAGAUAUGUGGAGUUUGUACAUACUGUGAUGAAACCCUUACUGAGUCCAGCUUUCCUUCACUGUCCUAACUUAGUAAAUCUGUCAGUAGAAGAUGUCAGAACACUGAACAAAAUUAUGGAAGGACAGAGACCAGACUACAGGGUGUGGAAAUUGGUUCCAGAAGCACCAACUUCAGCAAUUGUUUUACAAGACUACUGCACCUUUCCAUGCACUUUCCCCAACCUUCCCACCGAGGGACCAGUUAUAGGAAUAGAAAUAAAGGCAAAACAAGGAUUCUUACCUCCUCUGGAGAUACUCCCUAAGGACCAAAAAAUCAAGGCGUCAAUCUGUAGAUUUUGUCUUCUCCAGCAUUAUAAGGUAAAAAAAGGAACCAAACCCUCUAUCAGUCAGUAUUGUCCAUUGGAUCUAUUUAGUGGAUGUCCACAUCGUAUGAAGGUAGCCAUUCAGAAUCUUUUUAAAACUCCCCAGAACAACCUGAGAAUUGUCCGGGACCAAGAAAUAGUAUACAGUAGAGAAAAGAAAGGUAGUUUGAGAACAGUCUUCUGUGACUUUUUUCAUAACUCUGAAAAUGAAAUAGACUCUUUUGCCCUACUGAUUAUUCAAGCUUUGCUUAAAGUUUUCCCCGGUGCCAUAACCUCCAACGGACUUCUACCAGCUAUUAAACCUUGUCAUCAGUUCUGUGUUAAGUCGAGUAAACUUUGUUCUACAGAGUGUGCAGCUAGCCACGUUCUACCUGAUGGUUGUGUGCUGCAUCGUAUCCUACAAGUCCAACAAUUGGACACAACAGACAUUGCUAACCUUUACCCUCAGUUCAAGGCUCUUAAGGAUCAACUAAACAAUGGAGACAGUUGUUUAGAGAAACUCCUCCUUGUCCUAGCAAUUCACAGAGGUCUUGGGAAGACUGAAAGGCAAUCAUGGGAGACUGAGUCCUCCUUCAUCUCCAGAAAGAUAUGGGAAUUUCUUCUGUCCCUCACAGCAAAAGACUGCUCUAUUAUGGUGGUGAUGCAGAGGCUGAAAGAAAGGACAGCUCAUAUUCCAGAUGAAAAUGUCUUAUUGGAUAAUAAUGGUAGACCUUAUCUUUUUUCUCUUGGUCUGGUGGAUUUGGAUUAUAAACAACUGUCCAAAAUAGAAAGUGCAUAUUAUAAUGAUUGUCAAGCCAUUCAGAUACUCCAGAAGAGAUCCAAUGAUACUGUUCCUCACAAAUACUGUUAAAACUUAUGUGUGUUUGUAUAUAUAUAUAUAUCUUUCUUUUGACACUGAGAAUUAUAUAUUGUAAUUGUGUUGGUACAUCUUAUAAUUUGAUCACAGUUUAACUCUAGUCAUCUACUGUUGUAAAAGUGAGGUGUUAUUUGAGUGUCACUCUUAGAACCUUGCAGGACCUGCAUACGUAAAUAAACAUUAAUCUUUGUUUCAUUGUUUUACAAGUUAAAACUACAUUUUUUUAUUUUCAAGAAAGAUUUUAGCAGCAGCCAAGAUUACAUUAUUUCCUUGUUAAACUUAUAGUACCUCGUGUGACUGUUCUUGUAAAGUGUUUUUUUUUUAUAGUAACUUGUAUGAUAUUUUGCAUGCCUAGUAAAAAGAAACUGUUUUUUUUAGAAAAGUUUUUUUCUAGUCAGAUUUUAUAAAAAAAAAUCUUGAUGUUUUUUGCCAAGUUACUUUACUGUACAAUAUUUUUUGCAGUUUUUGUUUGCAAGCUACUUAAUGAUUUUCACAAAAAUUAGUUAUUUUUUUUUUGUCUUUCAAAACGUGUUCUUUGGGCUUAAGACGAUUUUUGAUCAUUCAAAGUACUAGAAAGGCACAUUUUGAUUUAUUUGCAACAUUAGAAAGAUGUUUAUAUUCACAAAUGUAGGACAUUUACAUUUAAAAUAGCCUAAUAACUAGAAAGUUUUUUAAAUGUUAUUGUUCAGGUAGUUUGUUUGUUUUUUUUAGCCUCUUUCCAUCACAUAUUUAUGUUUGAAAGUGUAAAGUUAAAAUAUUUAUGGUGAUGUUUUUAUGUUGCAUUUUACUUUUUGUCAAGAAUUUACUUGAGGCUUUUAUUAUUUUCUAGUAGUGUUUAUUUUACUGGGAGCUUGCAGGCUUUUACUUUUUUGAACACAGAACCCUACCAUUGAAAAUUAUCUGGAUACCUUGUAAUCUCAGUAGACUGUGAUUAUAUGUGCAAUUUCAAUAAUUUAAGAUUAUUCGUUUUAGUGCUCAGCUUUAGAAAGAGAUACGGUGGUUGUCAGUUUUGAUAAAUGUGAUAGAUUUUAGAACAUAGAAGUUAUUCAACAGUGAAAUGUUUAUAUUGCACGUAGAAGUUCUUCAACAGUGAAAUGUUUAUAUUGCACGUAGAAGUUCUUCAACAGUGAAAUGUUUAUAUUGCACGUAGAAGUUCUUCAACAGUGAAAUGUUUAUAUUGCACGUA